AUGGAAAACGCCAAUCUGUGGACACGGCGCUCGAAUGCUGGAAAACUUUCGUUGUCUAUGAGAGACCAAGACGGCAAAGACGGUGCCAAGCUAGAAUCCCCUCGAUCACACACUAGCCGACGUUUCGGCGACUCAUCCUCACACGGAAAGACGAACCCUUUCAACGCUCUAUCCCCAUCCGUUGCGAAAUCGCCCUCGGCGGGCGCUUCCUCCGCUUUCGGGUUGGGUAGCGGUGCAUUUGCAUCCUUUGGAUCAGCGAAAACACCAAAGACACCAGGGACGGGGUCCGGUUUUGAUUUCUCAUCGCGCGAGAGGAAAGAUAAGGACACAGAGGCAACGGCCGAAAGCCCCGGGACAGAAGAACAGAUAGAACACUCCGUGGCUUUGCCAUCCUCCUCUAGCCACCAACUUCGGAACACCUGGAACCUGUUCUACAGGCCCCCGGCAAACAAAUUCUCCGACUAUGAGAAAUCGAUCCUGAAAUUGGCCUCCAUUAGCUCGGUAGAAAGCUUUUGGACGAUUUAUUCGCAUCUCAAGCGACCGUCUUUGUUGCCAACGGUCUCCGACUAUCACAUCUUCAAGGAUGGCAUUCGUCCUGUAUGGGAGGACGAUGCCAACAAGAAGGGUGGAAAGUGGAUAGUGAGGCUCAAGAAGGGGGUGGCUGACCGAUAUUGGGAGGAUCUUUUACUUGCAAUUAUAGGCGACCAAUUCAUGGAAGCCGGAGAUGAGGUCUGUGGUGCUGUCCUCAGUGUGCGAAGUGGCGAAGAUGUCCUGAGUGUCUGGACAAAGAUUGAUGGCGGCCGGAACAUCAAAAUAAGGGAAACCAUCAAGCGGAUUCUCGCCUUUCCCGCUGAUACCAACAUCGUGUGGAAGAGCCACGACGACAGCAUCGCCCAGCGGUCGGCCCUUGAUGAGGCAAGGCACCAGAAGUCUACUGCACCUCCAGGCCAUCCUGGAGCGGAGCGACGGCGUCAAACGUUGCAUGACGACCCUGAAAAGAGCAAGGGAAAGGUUGUAUCAUGA